AUGCCGCCCAUAGGAUCCAGCGAUACUCAAGAUGAGGUGUAUGGAACCGAUGAGCAACCCAUUAUCGAAUCUGGAAAAUGGCAGGAUUUGGAUGCAACUUUUUUGGACGAUUAUCACAUCAACGAUGCAGUCGAAGAUGCUUCUGCGGCUCUUCAACAUGCUGCAACAGUUUCAAGAGCCAACCUAUAA